UCACCGAUCCUGAUGUAACCAACCAAAUACAAUUUGGAGAGUGUGGGCUAGAAUGGCGAUGUUUAUUCUCAUUUCUGGCAUAUUGUCAGUCUUACACGUUGCCUAUUUAAACCCUGUAUUUUCACCUGAAGAUGAAUUUCAUUUUAAAACGUGGAUGGCCGAGAAUGGGAAAACGUAUGACUUACGUGAAUACUACCACAGGCUGCACAUCUUCACCCAAAACAGGAGGAGGAUCUUGGAACACAACGCGGACAGACCCUCAUAUACCAUGGGGCUGAAUCAGUUCUCAGAUUUGACCUUUGCAGAGUUCAAAAAGGCCUUCCUCCUUCACGAGCCUCAGAACUGCUCUGCUACUACAGGGGGCCACCCUCGCCAAGCAGGGCCCUAUCCAGAUUAUGUGGACUGGAGGACCAGAGGAGAUUACGUCACUCCAGUGAAAACCCAGGGUCACUGUGGGAGCUGUUGGACCUUCUCCACCACUGGCUGCCUUGAGUCCGUCACAGCCAUUGCCACAGGGAAACUCUUGGAGCUGUCAGAACAGCAGCUGAUAGACUGUGCCCAGGACUUCAACAAUCAUGGCUGCUUUGGAGGACUACCAAGUCAGGCAUUUGAGUAUAUCAAAUACAGGGGUGGCCUAAUGACAGAAGAUGGCUACCCAUAUAAGGGACACGACAGCACCUGUAAGUUCCAGCCUGAACAGGCUGCAGCAUAUGUCAAGGAUGUUGUUAACAUAACCAGAUAUGAUGAAAUGGGAAUGUUAGAUGCUGUGGCCAGGUUGAAUCCAGUCAGCUUUGCCUAUGAAGUGACGGCUGAUUUUGUGCACUACAAAGAUGGCAUAUACAGCAGCACAAAGUGUAAGAACACCACAGAAACGGUGAAUCACGCAGUGCUUGCUGUGGGCUACGGGGAACAGGACGGAACCCUGUACUGGAUUGUCAAGAACUCCUGGGGAACCUCCUGGGGCAGAGAUGGGUACUUCCUUAUAGAGCGAGGGCGGAACAUGUGUGGUCUUGCAGCCUGUUCCUCCUACCCGCUGCCACUGGUGUGAACAGGCUCCUCUCCUUACAGUGUUGACGAGGGCGUUCAAGGCGAUGUGCACGCACAGAGGACCUAUUCUGCAGCAAAGGGAAUUCUCAGCAAAGGGAACUCGCCACACUGAAGCUCUCAGAUACAAAUCGUACCUACAAGAUUAGAAUGUAAAACAAUGUUACCAUACUGAUGUUUUUUAUGUGCCACAGUAUGUUUGCACUUUUUCUAGUCAAGGAGUCAGGCUGCUGUAUGACUGUUUUUGUGUGUUAUAUGUGUGAGUGUGUUUAGCCAAACUACAAUGGGGUUUUAGCAGUGCUCUGGUAUUCACAUAUUCCCAUUUGUACUGACUGUGUUGUUAGGUCAACAACACAAAUUGUACAAUGUAACAUUACUAGCCUUUUGAUGUUGGAGGGUUUAUUAUUAUCAGUUUUGCCAGUUGAAAAGUUUUGAUUAACUUCAAUUUUAUGGCCAGCAAUCUACAAAAUAAGAAUUAAUGGGGAACAGGGAAUAAAGAAAGAAUUACUGUGUUUGUAGAACAUUCAGAUGGUCAUGAAAAUCUUGUCUAGCAACUUUGGACAUCUACGUAGCUAAAUCACCAGAUUCGUGUAUUGCUGCUAAUAAAGCCUGUGGUUUUUAA